AUGAUUGAUCAAGUUAUUAGUGGGGUAGAGCAAAGAAUAGCAGAUGAUAUGCUACUAAGCUUGAACAGGGAAUUUCUAAGGGAGGAAGUUGACGUGGCUUUGAAGCAAAUGUCACCUUUUAAGGCACCUGGUCCUGAUGGUUUUAGUGCUAGUUUCUACCAAGAUCAUUGGGAGAUUGUUGGAGCUGAAGUGUCUCAAGCUGUUCUUGACUUACUAAGCAAUGGAAGACUUAUUACUGAUAACAUUAUGGUUGCAUAUGAGAUGUUACAUACUAUGCAAUCAAGGCAAAAGAGUAAGGUGGGCAGUAUGGCUAUGAAAUUAGAUAUGUUUAAGGUUUAUGAUAGGGUGGAGUGGGACUAUUUGGAGGCUAUGUCACUCAAGCUGGGGUUUGGUGAAAGAUGGACUGGCUUACUUAUGGCUUGUGUCAAAUCAGUGAGCUACUCAGUCAAAGUUAAUAGAGCUGCAGGGGACAUCUUUUAUCCUUCAAGAGGGCUACGACAAGGUGAUCCAUUAUCACCAUAUUUGUUUCUUAUAUGUGUUGAGGGACUGAGUUCCUUAUUACAGCAAGCAGAUAGAAAUGGUGUCCUAAGAGGGGUAGCUACUUCUAAAGGAGGUUUAAGGAUUAACUACCUUCUAUUUGCUGAUGAUUGUGUCAUUUUUUGCAAAACAAAGCAAGAAGAAUGGCUCGAUGUGGAGCAAAUAUUGUGGAAGUAUGAAUGUGCAUCUGCUAAAGCUUUAAUUACCCAGUCUACUAAUGGAGUGGUUUGUGGGAAUUACAACAAGUACUGGGGCUUACCAACUGUGAUUGGAAGGUCUAAAUAUAAUACUUUUCGUGGAAUUAAAGAGAAGAUAUGGAGAAGAAUCUGUAGUUGGAAAUUUGUCCUUUUGUCUACAGCAGGGAAAGAGAUUUUAAUCAAAAGUGUGCUACAAGCAAUUCCCGCCUAUACUAUGAGUGUGUUUAAAUUGCCUUGUAUGUUGUUGAAAGAGAUAGAGGCAAUGUUUUCUCGGUUCUGGUGGGACCAUAAUAAAGCUGGGAAGGAUAUCCAUUGGAGGAGUUGGGAAAAGUUAGGCCUAGUGAAAGGCAAGGGAGGCUUGGGGUUCAGAAACUUAGUAAGCUUUAAUAAAGCUUUGUUAGCAAAGCAAGUUUGGAGGCUUAUGCAGGAACCCACCUCUCUAGUUUCUCAAGUUUUCAAGCAUAAAUCUUUUCCUCAUUGUCAUCUAUCAGAGUCUAAGAUUGGAUCCUCUCCUUCUCACAUUUGGAGGAGUUUAUGGUCUGCUCUGGAUCUAGUAAAGGCAGGUUCUAUUUGGAGAGUUGGGAAUGGGGAGAACAUCCGAGUUUGGCAUGAUAGGUGGUUGCCUAGACCUACAACUUAUAUGGUACAAACUCCUAUCAAUAUGUUAGAUUCUGAAGCUAGAGUGAUAGAAUUAAUUAAUGUGGAGAAUCGAGUAUGGAAUAAAGAUUUGAUAGAGGUUGUGUUUAAUAAAGAAGAUGCUGAGUUGAUUUCUAGUCUACCUGUCAGUAUUAGAGGAGUAACUAAUAAGCUUAUGUGGGUUCCUGGGAAGGCGAAGCAGUUUAUAUGGAGGGCUCUCAAUGAUAUCUUACCUACGAAGGGUACACUAGCCAGAAAAAAGAUUGUGAAUGAGGGGUUUUGCCCUGUCUGUACCAAAGAGGUGGAGAAUGUUUUGCAUGUGGGUCAGAUGCAGAAGCAGCAAAUUAAUGAGACAGAAGUUCAGCUGCAAGCACGGGUCAGGGUGUUAUGGGAACCAGCUGUUGAAACUUUUUACAAGUUCAACUUUGAUGCAGCUUAUAUACAAAAUGACAGAACUAUGGGAAUUGGUGGAGUGUUGAGAGACCAUAGGGGUGAUGCAGAGAUGGUGUUAUCUGCUCCUAAGGCACAUGUUCCUUCUACUUUUCAUGCAGAAUGUUAUGCACUUAUUUGGGUCAUGCAAUUGUGUCAUGAGUUGAGGAUCUCUAAUGUGAUCUUUGAGGGUGAUGCAAUGCAGGUGACUGAUAGUAUUAAUAGUAAUUGUGUAGAUUGUUCAUGA